CUAUGUUACGUUUACAGGGCAGGCGCUUUCAUUGAAAGGUUCAGCCUCUUGCGUACUGCCAUUGUUGAAAAUGGAUAGAACUCUGAUGAACAUGAUAGUAGAUGAAGGAUUGGUGGUGACAGCGGUGACUCUCAGUCGCAAAAAGAAUAUCACAACAAGUGAGGCGAAUAGAGCCAUGACAGACUUUUACAAAGACCACCGAGACAGCAAUAUCUGGGCGACCUAUAUAGUCUCAGGUUUUUGCGAGAAAUUCGGUUUACCUGUCAGAUCUUCUAUUGUCUGCCGCGAAGAAGACUUGGAAAAUAUAAAGAAGCAAUUUCUGAGUGUUUCUUCUGUCACAUUGUUCAGUCUUCAGGCAGUAAAAGUUGAGGAGCUACCAUCAAUACUCGCUCGUGAUCGAUUAGAGGAUUUGAAGUUUUUUCGUACCGACGCUGAAAGAACAGUGAUUUUGUCGAAAGUGGUGCAGCACUGUGCUGAGGAGUUAUCUGUAAAGCUACAAAGUGAUAGAAGCGACGUAGUUGUUGCCAUGAAGCAUAUGUUUGAUGAUGAAAAGAGCUCCCCCGCCAAGGAUGAAGUGAAAAACCCUCAUAAACAGCAAGUUGCCGCCCGAGAAUUGAAAAAAGCAAAUCCAGAGGAUGGAAAAGAACAUCACAACGAUUUGAUUACACAAAAGAAGGUCAAAAUUGAUCCCGAGGAUGUUCCAACAAAGCGCAUACUGAAUGGGAAGAAAAAUAUCUCAAAUAAGACGACCGUAGUUUCACCUCCCAGAACCAGAAAAUUGAACAAAGAGAUUUUUGACGAUGGAGAUAGUUCUCCCGAAAAAUCUUGUGAAGUUCCGGAAUCUUCAGCCGCAAAGCCUGCACAGGAAAGUGAUAUCAAGGUUGAAGCCUCCACUGAAGGUCACAAGAAAUUGGCAUCCGAUCCUGAUCAGGAACCUCCUAGGAAGAAGAAGUUGAUUAAAACUGUAGAGACUUACAAAGACGAAGAUGGUUUUCUUGUGACCAAGGAGGUUACACAUAUGGUUGAGAGUGACGAACCAGAAGAAGAACAUUCUAAACCGCUCCGGCCUGCGAACACAAUCAAGGCCACUCAAGCACAUCAUCCGAGAAAAAAGCCUGCUGCAGCCGGAACACAGAAAAUCAGUGCGUUUUUCACGAAAAAGGCAUGAUGGACUCGGAAAAACGUUUUCAUCCCUUCAACUUGGGAAAGCAUUAUUUGAAUGUUCUGUUUGUCUAGAUCUCAAUUUACAAUUUUUGCUUUCCAUUCAUUCACACGGAUUGCUUUCAUUGUAUGCAUGCGGUCUCCAACAACGAUUUCAUUGGCGGUACUCAGUUAACCUUCACUUGUUGUGGAGAUUUCCUUUGAAAUGAAUCCCAACGGUUCUGUUUCAUUUGGGAAGUUUUUGAACAUGAACAGCGAGCGAGGGGGUGAAAGUGCUAUCUCGUUUUGUGUGUACAGGUGUUCUUGAUUCUGUUUCCCCGAGUGCACUAUACGCAGUAUCAUGAGUUUUUCUGCGCGUGUCAUUUCAUUUGACGAUUAUUCUGUUUUUGAUCAGCCGUUUGUUCUGUCUCAGAUGAUUGUUUCACUAAAUAUUUUGAAAAGCGGGAUUGUAGUACUUACUAGCUACAUGUUUGCUUCUUAAGUAUAAAACUUCUGUAUGCACCAUUUGUUUUGUGUAGAUAUUGUCGCUAGUCGAUUGGAAUUCAAUUUCGUAUAACCAUUAUAUG